AUGGUGUCUUUCACAAAGACCUGGCAUGACAAGCCAUACCCCAUGAUCUCUCCAACAAGACCCGAGCUCUCAGUCUCCGGCCAAAACAUCGUCAUAACAGGCGGCGGUCAUGGUAUUGGGCAAGCAAUCGGCAUAGCUUUCGCUCAAGCAAACGCAAAGUCUGUCUCGAUCGUGGGAAGGACCCUUGAACGUCUGGAGAAAGCAGCAGCGGCAAUUGAAGCAGCCAAUCCAUCGACGGCCGUCCUGUAUGAGGUUGCAGACACCACCGACCGGCAGUCCAUAGACAAGGCCCUGGACAAUUUUGUCGACAAGGUCGGAAAGAUUGAUAUCUUUGUCGCCAACGCAGGUAUCCUUCCUGUGUAUGGCACCGUGGCUGGCUAUCCAGAGGAAGAACUUCUUCGAAGUCUUAUGAUCAACAUCAUGGGCGCAUUCAAUUCCAUCCAAGCAUUUCUUCCACUCGCAGCACCAGGAGCCAAGCUCUUCAACACAAGCUCCGGAAUAGGUCACUGGCAACCGAAUGACUCAGUCACAGGCGACUUUGCCUACGGAGCUGCCAAGGCAGCUGCAAUCAAGAUGUUUGACUACGUCGCCUUUGAGAACUUGGGUCUUCAUGUUGUUAAUUUCCAACCUGGUAUUAUCGCGACGGGAAUCAAUCCUGAUAUCACGGUCGCUUUUGACACAGUGGAAUUGCCUGGUCAUUUUAUUGUAUGGCUUGCUUCGAAGGAAGCAGAGUUCUUGAAGGGGAAGUUCGUUUGGGCGAAUUGGGAUGUCGAAGAACUCAUGGCUCGGAAGGAAGAGAUCAAGAAUUCCAUGCUAUUUAGGCUGUCUUUGAAUGGUGUUGAUAUGUAA